CGGUCGGAUCCAAACAACGCCGCGCUCGCUCCCCUCGACGCGCGCAAAAGCCAUGCACCGCUCGACGCGCACAUGUCACUCUAGCUAAGCUAGCGACCCGACUCCUCGGCCUCAUCAAAGCUUCCUUGUGGCACCGAGAGCAAACAGGUCGAGGGCAUGGCCGAGCACCACCUCCCGCCGGAGCCGGCGGAGCACCUGCACCACCACCACCAAGGAGGGAAGGCUGUCCACGCCGACGACCUCAAGACCGGAGGGCAUCGCCGCCGGUACGGUUACUACGGCGGCGGCGGCGGCGACAUGUACGGCUACGGCGCCGACCCCGCCCGCACGCUCUACUUCGUCGUCCUGGUCGUCGUCCUCCUCGCCGGGAUCACCGCUCUCGUGCUCUACCUCGUCUACCGCCCCUCCCGCCCGGCCUUCGCCGUCACCUCCGUCGCCGUGUACUCGCUCAGCCUCAACGGCUCCACCGCCGGCGGCGGCGGUGGCGCGGACUCCUCGCCGGGGGCGGCGCCCACCGCGCUGGCCGCGUCGUUCCAGUUCACCCUCGUCAUCCGGAACCCGAACGGGCGGUCGGCGGCGCGGUACGACCGGCUGGCGGCGUACGUGGCGUACCGCGGGGAGCCCAUCACGGCGCCCGUCCCGAUGCCGCCGCUGGUGCAGGACGCCGACAGCGCGGUCGCGGUGGCGCCCGUGCUCGGCGCCGGGGCCGCCGCGCCGCCCGUCCCGGUCUCCCCCGACACCGCCGCGGCGCUGGCCACGGACGUGUCCUACGGCGUGGUGGCGCUCCGGGUGGUGGUGCUCGGCCGCGUCCGGUUCGUGUCCGGGCCGUUCCGGAGCGGGUGGCACUCCAUGUACGCGCGCUGCGACCUCCUCGUCGGCGUCCGCAAGGGCGUGCAGCCAGGCGGCGGCGGCGGCGGUGGCGCCGGGCCGGAGGCGCCGCUGCUCGGCAACCCUUCCUGCGCCGUCGACAUGUGAUCAAGCAGCUAGCUAGCUUCAUGGCAUCGAAUUUCCUCCUGCGUAUGCGUAGAAAUUUAGAAUUUACCUAUACUGCUAGACGUACAUAUGAUGUAUGUAGAUACGUAUCUGUACUGUGGGGCGGCCGUAUGUACGUAUAUUCACAAGCACACGUGUCACCCCUCCUUUGCAGUAGAUACGUAUAUGUAUAUAUGCCGAAUAAAUAACAUGAUAUGUUCUACAAAAUUUUCAGCAUGCAGAAUUGAUGCUAGUUGUUGGCUGUAAUAUAUAGGAUUUACUCACUCCA